AGCCUGCCGACGAGUCACUCCCGCCGCUCAGCGAAGCUCCCAGCCGAGUCGCCCGCAGCCCCAGGACGCCCAGCCCGCCGGCACGAUGCCGAAAACGAUCAGCGUGCGAGUGACCACCAUGGAUGCUGAGUUGGAAUUUGCCAUCCAGCCCAAUACAACGGGGAAGCAGCUGUUUGACCAGGUGGUGAAAACAAUCGGCCUGCGAGAAGUUUGGUUCUUUGGACUCCAGUACCAGGACACCAAGGGCUUCUCAACAUGGCUGAAAUUAAAUAAAAAGGUGACAGCUCAGGAUGUGCGCAAAGAGAGCCCGCUGCUCUUCAAAUUCCGGGCCAAAUUCUACCCAGAGGAUGUUGCAGAGGAGCUGAUCCAAGACAUCACGCAGCGCCUCUUCUUCCUCCAAGUGAAGGAGGCCAUCUUGAACGAUGACAUCUACUGUCCUCCAGAGACGGCGGUUCUCUUGGCUUCUUACGCGGUCCAGUCCAAAUAUGGGGACUUUAAUAAGGAGGUUCAUAAGCCCGGCUAUCUAACAACUGACAAACUGCUUCCUCAAAGAGUUUUGGAACAGCAUAAGCUUAACAAGGAUCAGUGGGAAGAAAGAAUCCAGGUGUGGCAUGAGGAACAUCGGGGGAUGCUCAGAGAAGACGCCAUCUUAGAAUAUCUAAAAAUUGCACAAGAUCUGGAGAUGUAUGGUGUGAACUACUUUAGUAUUAAGAACAAGAAAGGCUCAGAACUCUGGUUAGGAGUAGAUGCUCUUGGACUCAACAUUUAUGAACAUAACGACCGGCUAACACCCAAAAUUGGCUUCCCCUGGAGUGAGAUCCGUAACAUUUCCUUCAAUGACAAGAAGUUUGUCAUCAAGCCCAUUGACAAGAAAGCCCCAGAUUUUGUCUUCUAUGCUCCCCGGCUAAGGAUUAACAAGCGCAUUCUGGCUCUGUGCAUGGGGAACCAUGAGCUCUACAUGCGCAGGCGUAAGCCGGACACCAUCGAGGUCCAGCAGAUGAAGGCUCAGGCACGAGAGGAGAAGCAUCAAAAGCAGAUGGAGAGGGCUUUGCUGGAGAACGAGAAGAAGAAGAGGGAGAUGGCUGAGAAGGAGAAGGAAAAGAUUGAACGGGAGAAAGAAGAGCUUAUGGAGAAGCUCCGGCAAAUUGAGGAGCAAACAAAGAAAGCUCAGCAAGAGCUGGAGGAGCAAACGCGCAGGGCACUGGAGCUGGAGCAGGAAAGGAAGCGAGCUCAGGAGGAGGCAGAGAAGCUGGCCAAGGAGCGGCAGGAAGCCGAAGAAGCCAAGGAAGCCUUGUUGAAAGCCUCCAAUGAUCAGAAGAAGACCCAGGAGCAGCUGACCACCGAGAUGUUGGAGCUCACCACCCGGAUCUCGCAGCUGGAAUGUGCGCAACAGAAGAAGGAGAGCGAGGCGAUGCUGUGGCAGCAGAAAGCUCUUACCUCUGAGUUGGCCAAUGCGCGGGACGACACCAAAAAGACGAGCAACGACAUGAUCCACGCAGAGAACAUGCGGCAAGGCCGUGACAAGUACAAGACACUCCGCCAGAUCCGUCAGGGCAACACCAAGCAGCGCAUUGAUGAAUUUGAGUCCAUGUAGUCAUUCCUGCCUCUGCUGUACCUCCCCCCUCUUCUGCCCUCCCCCUUCCCCCCAUGCAAAUUUGCGAUGCUGGAACCAUCCACUACAGGAGAGUGAAUAGAUCGGCCUCCUGGGCUGGUGUUCAUAAUAGGACCAAAAAAAAAAA